AUGAGCGAAACAACGCCACCGAAUCUCUUCGAGCUUCCCGACAAAUACAUGAAGAACCUGUUCCAGUACUUGAGCCCAGUCGACUGGUAAGUGCUCUCAUUCCCCAAAAUUCUCCCUCAAUUCUCUGUUUCAGUUUCAAUCUGGCGCUCGUUUCGCCGCAAGGAAAAGCGCUCGUUCAGAAACGUUCAAAGCUCGUGCUCUCCACACUUUUUCUCCGUUUCGACGACGAAAAAUCGUGCGUGGGCGCGUUUUUCGAGAAGCAAAAAUACACGGCGUGCGUGUUUUAUUCGUGGAAGAAGGCGGACGGCAACCGCAAAUUCUGGACACGAUCCUACCGGUUGAAGUCGCACAAGUUUCAGAGUUAUAUCUACACGAGUCGGUGAGUACGGACUGGGUUACUGUAGGUUCAUAGUUGUGCACUGUGACGUGUUUGCGUACAAAUCUCUGAGGUCUGCGAAUUUGCGUAAAAUGCGUUGUUUUUGCAGAACGCAUCCGAAUGAAGUGAAAGCGAUGCAGUCGGCGUGCGCGCCGGGCAUCCACUGGGCGUCGGGCAUGAUGGACACCUACCAGGACUUGCUCUCCAUCUUCCCCUCCGGUUCCUGCCGUCCCUACCUGCACGUCGGCGUCAAUGUGAGCGACAAAAAGGCGGUUCAGUCGUUCUGCUCGUUCACCUGGUCCACAAUCGGAUGCCUCCGACUCAUCGCCUCGAAAACGGCCAAAUCGAAGCGGGUGAAGGAGGUGUUUCGGGCGGCGAACGGCCAUUGGACGGUCCGAGUCGCCCAUCAAGUGGGACCGGCGUGCAUGCACUGGAAGGUGCGUCGCUUCCUUACGUGAAAACCGAUUAGAUCCUUAUCGAUUUUUGAUGAAAUUCAUCCAUUGAUAACUGACAAAAAAAAGCGUGUCAACUCUUCCUCAAGACCGUUUUGCAACCGACUUACUUUCACGAACAACCAGUGGUCCACAGGGGACCGACUAAUGAUCCCGACAAUGCGAAGCUUUAAAGGACCAGGGAACCCAAAAAUUUUUUGAUUUUUUUGUGAAAUGUUUUUGUGACUGUUUGAUUUGUCUCUUAUUGCCUCAUACACUGGUGAAAUGCUGCCUCUCAAAAAUGCCAAUAAACGAAACGGCGUGCAGUUGAAGUUGUGGCCGUGGCCUAGCGCCAAUGGCCGAAAAAUAUAUAAAAAUAUAUGCGCUUCUCGGCCAUUUUAUUUUUUCCGCUUUUUUUUACCGGUUUUUUUCCAAAAAGUUAACGGUUUCUCUCAUUUUUUUCAGUUGAUUGACAUUUGUUCGGCACUUACUUAUUUUUUUCACUGCUAAAAAAAUUGUUUUUCAUUCAGUCGAUAUGAAGUGCCAAAAUGGGAGAAACCGUGAAUUUUUGGAAAAAAACCGGUAAAAAAGCGGAAAAAAUAAAAUGGCCGAGAAGCGCAUAUAUUUUUAUAUAUUUUUCGGCCAUUGGCGCUAGGCCACGGCCACAACUUCAACUGCAUGCCGUUUCGUUCAUUGGCAUUUUUGAGAGGCAGCAUUUCACCAGUGUAUGAGGCAAUAAGAGACAAUUCAAACAGUUACAAAAAAUUUUUGGGUUCCCUGGUCCUUUAAACAAAGUCUGUGCAUUUUGUCGUGACCGUGUUUGCGGACCAUCACCCGGGGAAAAUGUUCAAUUUCUGAAAAUCCGAGAGAAAUCACGGCGGCCAAAAACAUAGAAAGGGGCGCGAUCACCAUUUUGGCACGAAAUUCGAAAUUUAACCCAAUUUUUCAUGUUUUUCGUCAAAAAUUACCCAAAUUUUGUACGGGUUUCGACGAUGCGAUUGCAUAACUUUGUUAAACUAAUCAUCGCGGACUUUUUGAGCUUAAAACGAGCAGGUUUCAUUCAGAAAUUCAAUCAAUUCAAUCGAUUUUUAAAGUUUUGUGCUGAAAAUGCGCGAAUUUCAGUCAUUCGCCGAUACUUUUUGCCACCGUUUGAACGCUUAAAAUACUUGUAUUAACGUGUGCUUAAUCACUUCCGACACUCACUUCGUCUCAAAACCGAUCCACAUCGGCCGCUAUGAAAAUUCGGAAAUUGCGGCGGAGAGCGUAUUGCGAAUGAUGUCAAAAACGUCUCAAACGCGGCGGCGUUUUCACGAAAAUAAUGUCUCUUCUUUCGUCGAUAUCAACACACAAAAAUAUCGGAAAAGUGUGCUGGAAUUGCGGCAAUUUUCAGAAAACGCGGCAUCUGAGAUUAAGCCACGCCCUUUUCUACACUUUUGCUCGCCGUGCGCGACCAGAUUCUCUGAAAACGUGGUUUGCAGCUGCUGAACUCGUACAACGUGAUCCUCGACGAUCCGGAAUGGAUAACCAGGGACCAGUUGCUGAGCCUGAACUGUGUCACCGCCGACAUUGGCCACAACCAUCUGAGCGCCGACGAUCUGAACGCCUUCAUCUUCCAGUGGCUCUUCGUGGACAGUGAUCAGACGAGACUCGAGCUGCUGGAGAUCAAUCUGAGUCCGGAGGCGUUCCGCAACAAAAAAGUGAUCACGGAGGGACUGAGGCUGCUGAAUUGGGAUCCGAAGCGGAGAGAAGGAGAGCACUUCGACGUGGAGUGAGUUUUUGGGGAUAUCUGAUGGGAACGGGAUAUUUUAACACUUCAAUUUACGAAAUUUUUAAUAAAAAUCUGAUAGAGACUGAAAAACACUCUGAAAAUAGUUGAUAAAGCUUUGAGAAAGACAAUAGAAGAACAAUUUUUUAAUGUUCCGUAUCUAGCCAACUUUAUGGGAGUAUUGUAGAGUUCUGUGAAAUGGUACUCUUCUGAAAAUAGUUUUGCAACAUCCUGACAUCUAGUACUGUAUUUUUGUAGUUGACAACAUUUCGAUACGAGCAAUACCUGGGGUACUGUAGCUCUUGGAAGUUGGCAGUGAACUGCUAGCUACGACCAACUUCUAAGGGUUACAGUAGGCUAGGGAGUGGUCGUACAAAAAUGUUGUCAACUAGAAAAGCAAAGAUCUAGAUGUGUACAACAUUUGUUUAGUUAACAACUUUUUUGUACACUCGCUCCUCGGGCUACUGUAGCUCUUGGAAGUUGGGGGCAAGCUGAGAGCGUGUGUAGUCGCGUGUUAACUUCCAAGAGCUACAGUACCCCUAGUUUUUUCAAUGUAAUCCGAUUGCGUACCGUACACCAAACCUCACAAUCCUCUUUUUUCAGCCGCCAACUGAGCCGUUCGCGAAUCCGAGACCCCCGCCACUGGAUGAGUUGCACGCACGCGCAGGACAUCGAAAAGAGCGACGGGCGGCUCGCGACCAUCCUUUUCUACGGCAAAAAGAUGCACUUCAUCGUCUGGAAGGACCGUUUUCCGUACCGGACCCUCAAAGCGGAACGCCAACGACGAAUGGCCGAGAUGGCGCGGCAGAACCUGAUCAGAGCACUGACCGAGGCGGUGCGGGUGAUGAACUCGCGCGCCGAGGAGGAGUGGAACCGAAAGAUCGAGUGGGUCGAGCGGGAGGUCGAGAAACGGAGGGCCGCCGCCGAGGAACGCGCCGCCAAAAGGAAGUACUUCGAGGCGCUGCAACAGUUCAUGGACACGUCGGAGCCGGCGCCGAAGCGGAAGAUGCUCAAAAGGCUCACCGUAUUCAAGGAGACCGACCUCCAAUGA